AUGGAGGCGAGGUUGGGCCGCUUACAGGGAAGGGGCUCAAUAAGCAGAGGCUCGACACUGGACAGGGCUUCUCAGGGCCACCAGGGGCAAGUUCUGAAGCAGAUGGCGCCACGGCUGAACUGCCGGUCUGUCCCAAUGAAGCACACAAGCUGCAUUUGGCAUCACGUCAAGCGCCGUGCGGUGUGUUCGUUCGUGGAGAAGUUUAACGUGAAACGAGCGAGUCAGAAGGAGGCUGGCAUUGAGGAGGUCUCCCCCACCUUGAGCUUACACGUCGUCUGCCGAUCGGUCGGCUGGGCUGCUUCAGAUUGA